AUGGAAAAGCAGCAACAACAUCAACAACAACAAUCAGCUAAGCAGCAAGCAUGCUGCAAACCACUUAAGCAUAACAGUAAACCAUUCACAGUGAAGCAUAUCUCACAACUCGAAAACUAUGUACAUCCGCCUUUAGAAGCAAAGGCUUUGCGAAAGUUGUUAUUAUCUGCAGUUUUCAACGAAGCAAUCACGAAGUUAACGAUCUAUCAACGCAGCCAGAGGAUAAAUGCACGGCGCUGUGAGCCCAAAAAAGAAAGUACGCCGAAAUAUCAGCCGAACUCACGUCGCAGUUCCAAGAAAGAAGCACUAAAAAAACUCGAUGGCACAGAAAAUGUGCUGAGCGAAAAAAUGUUAAAUGAAAUAAAAUUGGAUCAGGAGCUGAAUUUACUCCGUAAAAUUUACGGUACCGCGCUUUCAGAACUCGAGUCUGACGCUACCAGUAAAGUGUUUGAUGCGGAUGAUUUAGAUGAAAGUCCUGUUCGAUCAAACGACCAGUUGUACAGCGUAAUCGAAGCACAAAAGCCAGACAAAAAUGAAGUUGAGCAAGCGUUAGAUCUGCUAAACACCAACAAAGAAGCAUUCAAAGCGCUCAAAGUGCAAUUAGCAGAGGAGCAGCAAACGGCGAAGAAGCGCAUCGUAGAACAGGACGACUGCAUUGCUACACUACGCCACAAUCUGCGUAACGUACGUCUACUUAACGAAUUGGAGCUGCGCUUGGUGCAACGCUGGGAGGAGAAUCGCUACACGCAGGCGAGUAUUGUCGGCGCUAAUGAGGAACGCACAUUGCAACAACAAAUCGAUGACUUACGCCGACGUAUUGCGGGUGAAGAGUGCAUCAUUGUUCAAGUGGACAAGUUUAGUGUGAAACAAUUUGCGGAGCUAAAUGCGAAAAUCGCCGCCUGGCAGCUAAAGUACGCGCGUGUAAUGGAGAUCAAAUGCACAGAGACGCAGGCGAAAGAACGUCAAAUACUGAAGUUGCAGAAGUCAUGGGAGCGUCAUCGGGAAACGUACGCAGAACGGCAGAAAUUCGUACGCGAUUAUUUGGAGGAGAAGGAAGUGGAGCGGCAGUUGUACGAACAGCAGAACUACCGUGUGGAAUGUGCAGUGCGACUUCAAGCUUGGUGGCGUGGGCUAAUGGUUCGCCGUGGUCUAGGGCCGUUUAAAAAGAAGAGCAAAAAGGGCAAGAAGGGAAAGGGUAAAGCUAAGUGA